GAAAUCGUGGACUACAUCGAGCGUCUGCAAGUUCUUCAUGAGAUCGUGAAGAAGUUUCCUUCUGUCAACUACCAGGUGUUCAAGUUCAUCAUCACACACCUCAACAGGGUGAGCCAGCACAGUAAGUGCACCCUCAUGACGGCGGACAACCUCUCCAUCUGUUUCUGGCCGACUCUGAUGCGCCCCGACUUCGAGAACAAGGAGACGCUCUCCACCACGAAGCUGAACCAGGCGGUCAUCGAGGCGUUCAUCGUGCAGAGCGAGUACUUCUUCCACGGCGGAGAAAUGGCGGAAAGUUCCAGCAACGAAGGAACGCCUCCUCCUCAUCACUGCCACAACAUGGUGGAGGCUCUUCUUCCUCUGCAGCUGCCUCCCCCCAUGCAGCCGCAGCAGAUCCAGCACACGCUGCACCCCGACGCGCUCAUGUAACAGAGAGCAUGCUGGGAAACGCAGUCCGUUAGUUUGUCUGUCUGCCAAGGAGGUGAACGAGACACAUGGACCGUUUGUUGGAUUUAAAAGUCAUCUGUGAGGUUUUAGAGACGACCGGACGUCACGUUUUUUUUGUUUUUUGGACGCCCUCAUCUAACAGAAGGCAUGCUGGGAAUUGCAGUCCAAUUGUUGCGUCUGUUUGUCAUCGAGGUGAACGAGACACAUGGACCGUUUGUUGGAUUAAAACGUCAUCUGUGAGGUGUGUUAAACUUCCAGAUUAGAGACGAUCGGACGUUUUUUUUCCUUUUUUGGACGCGCUCAUCUAACAGAGAGCAUGCUGGGAAACGCAGUCCAUUAACUGUUUGUCAUGGAGGUGAAUGAGCUUUGAGAGGCCGUUUGUUGGAUUAAAACUAAUCCGUGAGAUCUGUUAAAUCCCGGAUUCGAGACAAUCGGACGUCACCUUCGUUUUGUUUAUUUUUGGAACUCAUUUUUUCGACCCUUUUACGAGACUCGGCACAUAGAGACAACUCUUUAGCACGGUCUUCCUAAUACAGGUUCCCCCUCUUUUACCUUCACCCUGAUGGAAUAGCACACUGAGCAAACCCCCCCCCCCCCAAACAACAGAAAA